CAUGUCCACCUGCGAAACUUGGACGCUAUCGCCAUACGAUCAAUGAGCAUUGAUUGGGAAAUUGCAUCUUGACGUUUACUAGACAGACGUAGUAGUUGGUCAACCUAAAAGCUGGAUCUUGGUCGGAUGAGUGCAAGCACCAGGCGCGGUGUUAUAUAUAUCGACCGGGGAAACUCGUUCCGUUGUAUGUAUUAUAACCGCCAUGUGCUCGAGCGUCCCACACUCAGUUCCUGGCCGCCCAAGGAGGAUCUUUCACCCUGCCUUCGCCACAUUUAUCACCUUCGACAACUAGCAGUGAGAUGGAAGGCAACGUCGUAACAUAUGGCUUGGUCGCGCUCGCCACCUUAGUCUAUGUGCUGAGGUGGCUAAAGCCUUCAAGGUCCAGCCUUCCAGAUAUACCUGCCGUCACUCCCACUGCGCCGAUCCUAUCCUUUUAUGGCGUAUUCAAGUAUUUCACACAUAGUCGAGAGAUGAUACAGGAAGGAUACGACAAGUACAAAGGUCGAGCAUUCAAGAUUCCAGAGGUCUUCCGCUGGAUGGUCAUUGUGACUGGACCAAAGCUUAUCGAGGAGUUGCGCAAAGCUCCGGAUGACACCCUCAGCUUUGAAGAAGCUACGCGAGAGUCGCUCCAAGUAGACUAUACAUUAGGCCCAGCCAUCCAUCACAAUGGUUACCAUAUCGGCAUCGUUAGGUCUAAUCUCACCAGGAACUUGGCAGCUCUGUUCCCUGAUGUGCGCGACGAAAUCGUGGCGGCCUUCACUGAGGCCAUUCCUCUUAGCGACGAUUGGAUCUCUGUUCCCGCUUUAGAAACUGUCAUGCAGAUUGUCUGUCGAACUAGUAAUAGGAUCUUUGUUGGGCUGCCGAAGUGUCGCGAUCUCGACUAUCGUAAACUGAACAUUCAAUUCACGGUGGACGUUGUCAAGGGUGCCAUGAUUCUUAACCUGCUCCCUACCUUCGUCCGCCCACUCGCUGCACGAAUCUUCACGAAUGUGCCCAGUAGCAUUGAUCGUGGUAUGAAGCACCUUGAACCUAUCAUUCGUCAACGAUACCAAGCAAUGGAAGAGUAUGGUUCAGACUACCCUGAUAAGCCUAACGAUAUGCUUAGUUGGUUCAUGGACGAAGCAAAAGGUGAAGAACGAGAAGUUCGAGCUCUCGUUCUCCGAAUUCUCACAGUUAAUUUCGCUGCAAUCCAUACUUCGUCCAUGAGCUUUACUCAUGCCCUAUACCGACUUGCCGCCAACCCGGAGUACAUCCUUCCAAUGCGUGAAGAAGUGGAGAGCAUCGUCAAAGCCGAAGGGUGGACCAAAGCUGCUAUGGGGAAGAUGCGUAAGGUGGACAGUUUCUUGAAAGAGUCUCAACGAUACCAUGGUUUAGGAGCCAUCAGCAUAACACGACGUGCCCUCCGCGACUUUACCUUCUCCGACGGUACAUUCAUCCCUAAGGGUGAAUUCGUCUCAGCCGCAGCUAUGCCUACGCAUUACGAUGAAGAGUAUUACGAGAACCCUGAAGUCUUUAACCCUUGGCGAUUUGCCGAGAUGCGAAGUGAGGACGGAGAGGGCACCAAGCAUCAGAUGGUCUCGACCAGUUCAGAGUAUAUACCAUUUGGUCAUGGGAAACAUGCUUGCCCAGGACGUUUCUUCGCUGCCAAUGAGCUCAAGGCCAUGCUCGCGCACGUAGUGACGACUUAUGAUGUCAAGUUGGAGAACGAGGGCGUAGUGCCCGAACCUCUUUGGGUCGCUAGUGCGUUAGUGCCCAACCCGACUGCGAAGGUCAUGUUCAGGAAGAGGCAGGAUUAAGGUGUUCGCUAAUACGUUCACCUCUGAGGGCAAUGGCUGCUCAGAGUGAGUAUUCUGGACAUUUGUAGGACCAUUCUUUGCUUCUGGAUGUAUGUAGCGUUAUAUCAUGUCGGAUUUUGGGUUUAUAUAGCGGUAUACACUGUGUUAUGAUACGAUCGAUCGGGAUGUUACUUUCUAUCUGCGGACUCUGCUUUCUGUUCAUCUUCAUAAGUCGCGUUCCUAAUGGCAUACACGAUAAAAUUCAACAUAGAUUUCAUGCAGAACCGGUUCGACACAGCGGUCA